CACUAAUAACGAUUCUAUGCGACUGAAUUGGUUACCUAUUUAUUAUGUGAGAACUAAGUUGGAUAUAAUGUAUUGACCCGACUAAGCUUAACAAAGCCUAUUACAAAUAGAAAAUACCUAACGUAAAGUCCUGCAUUAUUAAUUCAAAGCUCGAUUACGGCAUUUGCUGAUGUUUGAUUCGCAAUAUGAUCGCACUCUGUCGUGAUGACGUUGAUUUCUCAUCAAUCCCUUGUUCCUAACCAAAAUAGGUAAUGAAGAUGCGUACAUGAAUGCUACCUCUUAAAGGUUACUGGAACAUUAGUGCACCUAUAUAAUAAUCUCAUCUACCCCUCCUCCAAAGAAUAUUUCUAUGAUAUACUCUUACGCACUUCCCAUCACAACCCAGUAAUAAAAGACCAAUUCGAGACUCCAGCUGCUUCUAACCAUGGCCGACAAGCUAUACAUAUCUGAAACGCCCGAAGACGUGAAGAACGCCAAGGGCCUCCAUCUUAUCACCCAGAAUACGCCAAAUGGACAAGCCGUGCAAAUCCUCUUGGAGGAACUUGCAGAGACAUACGGCACAUCGUGGACGACUACACUAAUCGACAUCUCAACCAAUGAGCAAAAGAAGGAAUGGUUCCUGCGAUUGAAUCCUAACGGUCGCAUUCCGGUCUUGGUUGACAACAACCAAAGCCCCCCUUUCCCAGUCCAUGAGACGUCGGCAGAACUUUGGUACCUGCUCCAAGCCGCCGACAAGGACGACAAGUUCGGUUUCUCAGACGCCCUUGAGCGCAGCGAAGCUCUGCAGUGGACGUUUUUCUGGCACGGGUCCGGCGCUCCCUACCAAGGUCAGGUGCACCACUUUACCAAGGCUGCGCCCGAGAAGAUUGAAUACGCCAUUAAUCGUUUCAGGAACGAGACACUUAGAGUUUUUGGUGUGCUCGAGAUCAGACUCUCCGGGAAGUACACCGGUGAGCCGAGGGAAUACCUCGCUGGAAAGGGGAAGGGGAAGUACUCCGUAGCAGACAUCAAGACGUGGCCUUGGGUUAAGGGAUGGCAGUAUGGUGGCUUCACCAAGGAGGAGAUUGAACAGUUCCCUCAUUUGCUAAAGUGGAUUGACCGCAUUGCUCAGCGCCCUGCCGUCCAGAAGGGAAUUGGAUCCAAGUAUAUCAAGUCUUGAGUUACUGUAUACCAUGGGUCGCUGCAAACGGAAUUAGGAGGUAGCUAAUGACAGUUAUGAAUCUUCAAGAACUUUCAGACUUUGUCUCAUUUUCUUUUGGCAAUAAUAGCCGAAAUUACAUUCAUAAGGUAAAU